AUGGAUACCUGGGUGUUGUGGCUCUUGCUCUUGCAAAUUGCUGUCCCGUACCCACAGCCCGUGGGUGAUGGCUUGGACGAGGUGACACGUCUGCGAACGGAGGUGCGUGCCAAGCUCCGGGAAGAGGAGACGAUUGGUCUGGAGCGGGAGGUGGAGCAGCUGGUCCUGAAGCAGGGUGCCUGGGCCUGGGGAGACCUGCUCUGCUCUGCCUGGCAGCACUGGCAGGUCUGGGCUCUUGCUGGGCUCCUGCUCCUUCUCCUGGCACUCUGGUAUUGGGGGAGGAAAAGGAGCCUGAGGAGAGAGGAGCAUGUCGGAAAUGAAGAGGAAGGAGACAGCGACCUGGAUGGGGAGGAAAGCGACAUGGAACAAUACCGCCAUCGUGCCAAUAACUUUGGAAGGAUCGUGAUGGAGCGCAUACAGUGGCCUGUGCAGGACCUGCAGGAAGGAUGCACAUGGACAAGAAACCUGAUGGAGCAUUUUGCAAUUUACUUUCGACGGGUCUUGUCCAACAGUUUCUAUCCGGUGCUGCAAGGAGCUAUCGGGGUGGGCAGUGCCUUCGAAGGUUGGAGUCCCCGUGAGCAGGAUGUUGUGUACCAGGUGCUCAUACCCAUGACACCUCCUCGAGGGCACAGCUUCCACCUAGAGCUGGGCACUGCAGGGCAGAGGCGCCUGAGGAACUUCCACGUCCGCGUGCAGCAGGAGUGCACCUGCACCAGGGAGCAGCAGGAUAAGAACAUGCUGUGCUUCCUGCACCACCCUGAGGAGGAGCUCAGGAGGUGUCAGGAUCCCAGCCUCCUUCAUACCCUGUGCACGGGCUCCUACCUGGACGUGGAGAAAACUGCCCGCUGGUUCUACCAACUGGUGAGAGCAAUCUGGCCGGCUUUGCUUGAGUCACACCGUUGGCAUUUAGUGCUGCUGCCCUCCAGACGCUCUUGCCAGUUGAAGGUGACCAACGGCAGAGAAAGCUACCGGAUCGAGCUGCUGUUUGGGGUGCGGCAAGGCAACUCAGACGUCUUUGUCAGCAGUCAGCCGAGGCAAGCCCACACCUCAAGCACAAUCUGGCCGGAGAGCUACGCCGUGGCCGAGAUGAAGUUCUUCAGGUACAUCGCCAGGCGGGCCCCCCCUGACAGCUUGCACCUGAAAUGCCUGCAGUUCUUCACUCGUCUUCAGCUGGGCUUGGGCUUCUCCACCUAUACCAUCAAGACCAUUGUCAUGCACAUGCUGAGCGUCUUACCCGCGUCACAGUGGCGCAGGAGGCAUUUUGUGAGGCGGCUGAUGGAUAUCAGCGAGAGCCUGCGCACAUGUGUGGAAAUGAGACACCUCAAUCACUUCAUUGUGGGCAACCAGAGGCUUCCUCAGGGGAUCAGCUUGCCCCCAGAGGUCCUAAUGGCCCGGUCACGCAAUCUCUUCCACGACCUGGAGAUGGAUCCGGUUGCCCACUCCCAGGCAGUGAGCCAGUACGUGGAUCUGCACCACUGGCUCAAACGAAUCCUUAAAAAUGAGCAGUGA